AUUCUCGAGCGAGAUUAGAGACGAAACCAUCAGGAAAUGCGUUGUAGUAAAGAUGUUUUCGAAAAUUCUAAGCGACCGUAUUGCAACGAAUUCGUAUUUCGGUAGUAAAAAUACCACGAGAAAUUGUUCAUAACGUAUUUAAUUUCAAUACUGGAGUAAACAAAAAUUUUCAGAAUGAUUUAUCGUUGUUUCGUGUCCAUAUGUUCAUCAAAUAAUUUAUCCGCUGAUAUCAUUUCAGAGUUUAUAGCCUUUGGAAAGUUGUGAAUUGAACAGCGACAAUGGAUAAAAACGAAAAUAAUGGGUAGUUUGCCGAAUUUGAACGAACUUUCUGCAGGAUGUAUUGACGUUGACAUUCAAAAUGAUCUGUUCGCAAGAGCUUUUAAGGAAAAAGGCAUCGUUGUCGACUGGAAUAAGAAGGACCAUAAACCUGUGUAUCAAACCAGAAGUUUGAGCGCGAACCCGAAUUCAUGCGUUUCAAGUGUGCCCUUUCAGAAAAAACCAAGCUAUGAUAGAGCAUUAUUCAACACCCGACGAUCGCGAAGUGUUAGAUCAAGUUCGGUGAUACCGUGUCAUUCGCAUAGUAUGGGUACCUCAAGCACUCAUAAUUUCAAACAUAUCAGUAGACAAGCUUCGGUUACAAGUUCCACAGGGACGUCAUCCGUUCGUAAGCUAAUCGCAGUAGUUCGAUCGACGCCAUCUCAUUUAGGACCUGUGUAUAGUCGACCUCUUAUCUGUCAAAAUUUCGUCGGUUUGUGUUUGUCUCAUGGAAUAUUUACCGUGGCUUUUAUCCCGAUCGUCAUAUUGCAAGGUUCAGUAUCACUGUGGUGGCCACCUAAUGAUAUUCAAAACAACAAGGAAAGCGACAUCCAAAUUUUGUCCAGCUCGGGACCGCUUUCGCUGGCCGUUUUGUAUUUUUUGGCAGCGGUGUCGGCGUUAUUUUCGCCUUACAUCGCCCAUAGACUCGGCGUUACCAAAUGUUUAUCAGCGUGCUACGCGAUAAGCACUAUUUUCAUUGCUUUUCAUUUGUACCCGAAGGUGUAUUUGCUAAUUCCGGCGUAUAUUUUAAUGGGAUUAUCAACGGGACAUUUAAACAGUACCAGAAUAACGUAUUUGAUUAUGUUGGCGUCUAAACUGAAGUUCGUUCCGAGUGAAGAAGAAGAAAAUGAAUUUCAAAGCAAAUUAGAAUCAACGAAACGAGAGUCGCUGGUGCAGAAAUUAUAUCGCGGUAUAUCGUUCGCAGAAAGCGUCGGUCUCAUACUGGGCGGAUUUAUUACCUAUUUACUGAUUCAAUUAACAACCACUUCGUCGAAGAGCGAAAAGGAGCAAGAUAGAAGUUUAAUGAAUUUAUUCCAAAACGGCAAAGAUAAUGAUCGAAUUUGCGGCUACGAAUCGUGUCCAAAAAGUUUAAUCACUUCUAUCAACGAAUUAUUCAAUAAAUCCACCGGAACGUCGACGAAAAAUAAUCUCUUGUUACCAUGUAGAACCAGUACCGUUUUGGCUGGAGUGUUUUUAGGCUGUUGCGUUGUCGGAACAUUUGUUACCAUAUUAUUUAUUCACAGAAUACGUAUUUGUUUUAACCAUGGACCAUCUGAGAAAUCGAAAUUCGAAAAUGUUGUACAGACGGUUACCGCAAUGUUUAAAGAUUCCAAAUUGACCUUUAUAACGCCUCUAUUCAUUUUCAUUGGAAUUGAACAAGGAUUCAUGCUCGCUGAUUUCACCAAGUUUUACGUUGUAUGCGUAAUUGGAAUUCAAAGCACACCUUUAAUUUUCAUCAGUUUAGGUUUAUUGCAGUCUAUUGCGGGAUUUACAUUAAGUUUAUUGAUCCAUCAUAUGCGAAGGUAUUUCAUCAUAGGUGUUGGUUUCAUCUUUCAAGCAUGUUUGCUUCUCGUUUUAAUAGUAUGGAAACCUACGAGCGACGAUGCGGCUUUAUUUUACGUCAUAUCAGCAGCAUGGGGUGUGUGUAAUGCUAUUUGGGACACGCUUUCGUUCUGUUCGUUGGUUUCACUUUUCCCAGAUUGCUGGGAAUUUCCAUUCUCGCAAAAUUUCUUCUAUAGAUUUUUAGGAUUAUCUAUCGCGUUUGCAUAUCAUGGUUAUAUCUGUACCUCAAUUAAACUCUACAUAAUGUGCGUUAUGUUAGUAAUGGCUGUGUUUCCAUAUGCAUGGAUGGAAAUUAAACUCGAUUCGAAGCAAAAUACUCGUAAAAGUUUAGUUCCUGAUAGUUGGCAACGAUAAAUUUUUUUCUAUAUGUAUCGUGUUUAGCAAUAUUAAUCAAAUUUUCGUUUUUUCAUUGUUGUUUUUAUUUUGUAACGUGUGCAUGGAUUCCUUUAUGAGACAUGUUUGCAUAAAAAAUACCUACCUAAUUCGAUUAUAUAAAUUAUUAUACGUCUACAUUUUUAUACCUACGCCCUUCAAAAUCGCCAAUUACAAAAUCAGUUUUCAUUUUUAAUUGGUGUAAAAACUAAAACCUAAAUGUUACUACUUAUGUGUGAAUUUGUGUGUCAGAUAUUCAAUUAAUAAAAUUUUAUGUUUGAAAAA